GCUACAAAAAUGUGGAUCAACCCGAAUAAAACUAUUAAACAGAAGGAGAUAAAAGCGUUUAUCGAUAAACAGGACCUGAAGUUCGCUGAGAAGCGGUAUGAAACCAAUGUUGAAAUAAGUAUAGUCACAGACAAAACUACUGCCAUGGCACAAAGAAGCAAGAAAUUUGCACCAGCUAUCAAUGGAGCAAAAAAUAAUGUCAACCAUGCACAAGACAAACGAGGAGAUGAAGGAGGAAUGA